AUGGGUGAAAAUUGGUCGUGCUGCAGAUCUGAAGAAUUUGAAAGUUUAAACUACAGACAAGAGCUGGACAUGAGCUUAAAUAAAAUAACUUAUACGAAACAAGAAGCUGGGGUUGAUAUCCAAGGUAACAGCAAUGAAAUUAUUCAAGUCACUUUUAACGGGAAAAUCAAUCUCAAACAAGAUGAAACUGUGCUUCAAAGUGCUGCAAGGGGUUAUAUGGCCCGUAAAGAAAUCGAAAAGAAAAGAGAAGCCAUAAAAGGAAGCAAAAAGUUAAUAGUUACUGUUAAUGAGCCAAUGUAUGAAGCACCGUUCAAAGUCGCUGAAAAAUCUAACUCUUAUCUUCUUAUAAUAAAUCCUGUUUAUAAAAAUGCAUAAAAAACUUAAAAAUGAAUGAAUUCACAAUAAUAAGGGAGUGAGAAUCUUAAUUCGGAUUCUCCAAAAGCGACUUCUUUCCCUACACCUGAAGAGCUAUAUGAAGAAUUAAGUUCAGCAAUUACAAAACAUCAAGCCAAUACCGUUAGUGCUCUAGAAAACGCUCUGGGUGAAUUUGAUAUAAGCGAACCUUUAAACGAUGGAGUGCCAGUAAAAGCCAAGCCAGCAUUAUUACUUAAAGAUGGCACAAUAUACCAAGGUGAAUGAAAUUCAAAUAGCCAAAAACACGGCCGAGGAAUAGAGAUAAGUCAGGACGGUUCGAAAUUCAUCGGAUACUUUGUAAAUGGACAAAAAGAAGGUAAAGGAAGAAUAAUUCACAUAAAUUCUGACGUUUACCAAGGAGAUUUUAAAAAAGACAAAGCAAAUGGCUUUGGAAUUUAUAUCCAUGAAGAUGGUUCCAAGUAUGAAGGGGAGUUCAAAAAUGAUGAACAACAUGGGCAUGGCAGAGAAGAGUACUCCGAUGGAUCUGUAUAUGAAGGAGAUUACAGAAAAGGAAUGAAAGAAGGAAAAGGAGUUUUUAAAUGGGCUGAUGGCAGCUAUUUUGAAGGAGAUUUUAAAGCAAAUAAUAGAGAAGGGAUAGGGACUUAUGUGUGGGCAGACAAAAAAGCAUAUACAGGAGAGUGGAAAAAUGGAAAAAUGAAUGGGAAAGGAGUAUUUAAAUGGGCUGAUGGGAGGGAAUAUUCAGGAGAGUAUGUAAAUGACUUAAAGGAAGGUCAUGGAAAAUUUGUAUGGCCAGAUGGGAGGAUCUAUGAUGGAGAGUGAAAAGAAGGGAAGCAGCAUGGGAUUGGGACAUAUAGUCCGUUCCCGGCUAUAGAUCGGGCUUAGCCCGAUCUUUGCUGGAAAACUCGGGGGGUUGUCUCAGUCACUUUGAGGUGACGAGUCAACUCCCCGAGUUGGCAAAUCACCAUAUAGCGGCUAUUUGCCAACUCAGGGAGUUGACUCGUCACCUCAAAGUGACUGAGACAACCCCCCGAGUUUCCCGGCAAAGAUCGGGCUAAGCCCGAUCUAUAGCCGGGAACGGGCUAUAUUCGUUUUAUACCAAGCAUGUUAAACAUCAUAAAGUCAAGCAAGGAGAAUGGCAUGAAGGAUAUAGAGUAAGAUGGCUUUAUGAUGAAAGCGAAGUUGGUGACUCAAUAGUUAAUAUUAGCAAGGCUUAA